AUGGUUGAGGCAUUUGUAGUCUUGAUAGAAGCUGGUGGUGUAGGGUUGAAUAUGACAUGUGCUGAUGAGGUUUAUUCAAUGGAUGCCCAUUGGAACCCCCAGGUAGUGCAACAAGCAGUGGACCGCCUGUACCGCAUUGGUCAGACUAUGCCUGUAAGAGCCUUUCAUGUGGUAACGGGACAAUCCAUUGAGCAGCAUCUCUACAAUGUAAGUCAUAUAACCACUUGCUCAGCACACAGCUCUGGUCAUGGUAGCCCUAACCCCCAUAAAACACUGGAUUCAGGUUCAGAAAAGGGAAGCUGCACUUGCAAAGAGAGUGAUUACAUUAUCAGUCCCUAG